AUGAAGUAACCUACAGAGGCUAAUACAACUUUGGUCAAACAUAAGAUUUCAUAUAAGAGAACUUUGAAAUAUAAGAAGAGAGUAAAAUUUGUUAUGAGUAUCAAUAAUUUAGGAAUUCUCCAAGAAUCAUCGACUUGCCCGAUAUCAUAAAAGCAUUUCCCUGCAUCUGUUGGAGGUGGAGCAGACUGUAGCACACCAACAAAUUUAACAGGCAUAGAUAUUGAUGGAUUUGGUGAUGUCUUAUGGAAGCAUUACUCAAACUACACAGAAUAUAUCAUAUAAAACCCAGUCAUAGCGUAAAACUUUGUAUUUACAUCUUUGGAAUACAAGAAAGCCUACAGAAUAGUGAAAUUAGACUAUGCUACAGGGGUGUAGUUAGAUGAUAGAAAUUUCGCCAAAUACACUCCAAAAUUACUUUAAGACAUGAUAAAAUUUCUCUAAGUUGAGGCUGAUCAAAUAACUCAAGACCUAUAUGUUUAUCUCGAAAUUACAUCAAACUACUUCAAGACUCUUGGACUUAACUCAUUGUCUGGAAUCGGUGCUGGCAUGCUUAUUAAAAUGGAUCUCAAUCUUAAGGUUAUGUGGUGGAAAAUGAUGAAUACUUUUGUUAAAGCAGCAGAGUACAAACCUUAAAUUUUAAAGCUAGGGGCAAACAAUAUCUGGGCACUUGCAUUUUUCAAUACUAUUAACUAAAUCGUCGAUGUGCAUAUUAUUCAAAUAGACAAGAUUUAAGGAAAACCAAUAUAGGAUUAAAUUUAUAAGCAUAAUACUCAUCUUUCAACUGCCAAAAUUUAAUUUAGCAUAGAUUUCUAAGAAUUAAGAUGGGCAGCCAUAUUUAAAGACACAUCGAAUAUUAUAAAUAUUUUGAUUGGACAAACCUCUGAUAUGGCUAUUACUUAGCAUUUUUAGAAAACCUUAGUAUCUUCAAAAAGAAUAUAAUGCUUGUUAAUGGAUAUAUCUAAUGGUAAUAUUUUAAACUAGCAAAUGAUAUUUCAGAAUUUCUUUAUCGAUACUUCCGCUAUAUCAGACGAAAGUCUUGAUACUUUGAAAUAUUCUUGUAUUAAUACCACUGCAAAUACAUUAACAGCAUUUACAACAAAGGCAGUAGUAUAGAGUAUAUCAACAACUGUAAGAGUUAGUAUGGUAGAUGUAGCUGAAACAGACACAAAUCUAGGUUAUUUUUCAUUGGACAAUAGUGCUAUGACUUUAAAUUAUACUAGCAAACCCUUCGCAUUUUAGAGUUGCAACUAUCCAAUUGCCCAAACAAGCACUUUUGAACUUAUUAUUGAUCAAGGAUUGACUUAAAUAGAAUUCUAAGCAACCGACUGCAGAAACAGAAAUUCUGUGCUAACAGGAAUAGGGAAAUUUUUAGAUGGAUCAAAUUUAACAGGUAUAAGUUUAACUCCAAAUAAAACUAACAGCCUAUAAUUAAAUUUAACGAAUGUGACCUAGUAUCAAUUAUAAGGAUCUCGAGUAGUCUUGAUAUAGUUUGAACUAGAGGGAAGUAAAUAUGAUGUUCCCUUUAGACUAACUACGAAAAUUCCCACAAAUUUGACUGUGGAUCCUACUGCUGAAGUAAUACCUUGUGAGGAUAAGAUAUUUCCUUUUUUCUUUGGGUAAACAACUGAGUUAUAGAUGCUUCAUGUGACAAUUGAUGAUUACUCAAAUUUUUUAAUGGCAGGAUUUGCUCGAAAUAAUUCCUAUUCAGAUGGACCUUUAUAGAAUAGAGGUUUUGUUUAGCUAAUGUCUCCAAAUGGAGUUAGAUUAUGGCUUUAUAAAAUUUCAUCCUCUAUUAAUAACUCUGAAGAAUCUAGAUGCUAUAAUGCUAUGUAGUGGACUGUUAUGAUCUAUACAUACCAAAAGGGAACUGAAAAGGGGCUUGCUUCUUUCAGUAUUUAUGAAGAUGAUGAAUUAAUUGCAGAAUGGAUGAAAUACUAUCCAAGUCCUGAGCCUAACUACAUUGUGGAUAUAAUUCAAGAUUUUGAAAAAGAGUAAAUAUUUAUUGUUAAGCAUAUCCCAUCACAAAAUUGCUAAGUGACAAGAAUCGAUUCAACUUCAGGCAAAAUUGUAGGUUAAGUUUAACUAAAUUAAGGUACGGCUGAUUUAGAUAGUAAAGGAUCAACCUUAGCUGUUAUGAACAUAGUUGUUCCAUUUUUAGAAAACUCAAGCCCAUAGAAAAUUCACAUUUACAUUAUUGAUAAAGUUGAGCUUACUACUGUUCAAAGUGCUAAAAUUACUUUUACUAAUUCAAUGUUGCUAAGAAGUAUUGCAGUCAGUUCUGACUCUCAGAGAAAGUAUAUAACAACAGAAAAGGCUUCUACAAUAAUAUUCAAAGAUGACAGUCUUACAUAUAAUUGCUUUGCUCCUAGAAUUCUCGAUAAUUCAGAUUUAACUUGGUAUCCUAAUCUUGAAGUACUAAACACUCCAACAGUAAACAUAACAAAUUUUUUGAAGGAAGAAGUCUUAUUUUUAGCUCCUGUAAUAGGUGGAAACUCAAGUAGAUUCGAUUUAAAUUUGAAUUUUCCAAAGACAAAUAUUCGGGUGUCAACCUUUAGUUAUACAGGCAAUAAAAUAGAUUUAUAUGAUCUUUCGGAUGGAACAUUUUACAACUAGUAUAAGCAAUAACCAUACUAAGAUUAAAAAUGCUCAAUGGUCGCUGGUUAGGCUAAACUUGUAAAUAUGACAUCUAGAAGAAUCUCUGUUUCUUCAUAAGCUUACAUUUAAUUUUACACAGCUGGAUAAAUUAAUUGCUAAGGUAGACUCCUUGAAACUCAGGUGAUGGAUCCUGAAACUAAUACUAAUUAUUUUAGAAUUCCUUAUAUAUAUUACGAUAAUGUAACUUAAUACCUAAGAAUGUCUGGACCUUUCUUUACAUUCUUUAUCAGAGUUAGAUACAUUGAUCAAUAUAAAGGUUUAAAAGGAGGUUAUCAAGAUAGUUAUAUUUUUCAGUAGGUUAUUAGUCUUGAUUACUAUUCCAAUAAGAUUAGUUAUGAUCUUGCUACUCCUGAUUACUGUACUCAAACUCCAUUUCCAUACUUAUUUGGUGGAAAGUUUAUUGGUGAUGAAUUUAAAACAUUAGCCAUGUUUACUAAUGCAUUAGAUGGAAAGAUUCUUCUAGGUGGUAGUGCAAAUACCUAUUUAAAUCCUGUCUUUUUUAAUUAUGAUCAGCGAGAUGCUUUUAUUAUGAAAAUUUCUCCAACAGGGUAUGUCUAUUGGGUGACACAACUAUUUUCUUUAAGAACACAAUAUGAUUAAGUUUCUGCCAUAACUUUUACAAAUCAGUCUGUUUACGCAUUUUAUUCCACUUCUUAAAUUGCAGAUCCCAGCUCAAUUGUUUCUUGUUUGGUGAAAAUGAGAUAUUAAGAUGGUCAAACUUAUUGGAUGAAAAAUUUCUAAAUUAGUUCAUUAUUUCCUAACGGUAGAAUUUAUAUAAAGGAAGGAAACGAUCUUUCAUUAGAUUCAAAGCCUAAAUCUUUCAAAUUUGUGCUUUCUUUUAUGGGUUAUUGGAAUGAUUAAAAUGCUUAAUAUCCUGGAAAUAUCUUCUUUCAAGAUAGUACUAUAGAUCAAGGACCAAGUUCCUAGUAUGCUUAGCUAUUCUAUCCAGCAGCUCUACCUGCCUCGAAAACUUAUCAUGGAUAAUCACUCUUUGACUUUGAGACAGAUUAUGUCUAUGUAACUCAGCAAGGGUAUUUCACUUCAAAUAUAGUAGAAGAUUUGAUUGUGUUAAAAUAAUAAACAAUCACAGGAAGUAUUUAAUGGAGUAGAAUUUACAAUAUGGAUAGCCCAUCAAUGACUGGAAUAACAAGAAGUUAUCCAGUUAUAGCAUAAAAUAACAAAACUAAGGAUAUAUAUGUGGCAUAAGCAGGAGGUUAUUCUCAUCUAGUUAAAAUUAAAAAUGAUGGCAUGACACUUAAAAGAGUUUAUGCAAAAACUUCAACUUCUAAUACAGUAAAAAGUAUAAACAUUCUAAUUGAUACAAAAAGAGAUUAAAUAACUGUGGUGUGCUUAACAGAGCUAACAGGUUCAAUAGAGAUUAUGACACUUGACUCUAAUUUUAAUGUGGUUUCAAACUUAUACAAAGAAUACACUAAUAUCAUUUCAGCUGGUUUAGUAUUUACAACCUUAGUAGAUGACUACUACUAUAUCACUUUUAACAUUUUAGACUUUGGAAAUACAUUUCAUGAAAGUAACACAUUGAUAUCUAAAAAAUCAGUUAAUGCUGAGGAGCAUGGAAGACAUUAGUGUCUGACAAUGGAGGAAUCUUUGAAUUAAUAUAGUUUAUUGUAUACUUUCCCAAUUAACGAUGCCUCGAUGCCAUUAUAUGUCUUAAUGACUGUUACUUAACCUCUUGUAGUGAAUGAUGCUUACCUUAUGAUCGCUAUUUAAGCAGAGAGUAUCAAGUCAAAUAAAUUAUUGCCAAGACCAUUUCCAUUAGACCAGAAUUUAGUCAAAACCUCAGAUAGUUCUAUUCAACUUAGUUGUAAAUUUUAUUCAAGUGGUUAAGGUCCUCCAGCAAACUAUCUUCCUGUAUUUUACAUAAGUUAUUAAGAUACUAAGAUUUUUUCAGUUCAAGAAAAUAGUUAUAGAAACUGUUUCUCAUACAAUAUAAAAUAUAAAUAAGAUCUAGAUACUUUCAACCAAGCUAGUACUUCUAUCAUGCCAAAAUAUCAUACAAUUCAAGCUAACUCGAUAACAGUCAUUUCAUAAGGAUUUGCAUUUUAUAGAAAUCUUUAAAUUAAUUAGCCCUGCCUUUACACUAAUUCCACAAUCUGCGAGCCCUACGCUAUUUGGCCAAUAAUAGUGAAUCUUUAUACUAAUGAAAAAAUAAAUUAAACAGCUCCUGUUGCAACAUGCUAAGGUUCUUAUAACUACCCAAAAAUUCUGUUUUAUUCCUCUGAAAGCAUAAAAAAUAUAGCAAUAACAUUAAGAGGGUCAGAUGUUCAUUAGCCAACUGGAAAUUAUUUAAUUUUUUACCAUCAAUCUAAUGAUGUGUUAGGAAUUAUUAACUAAAAUUACGAUACUGGUGAUAUGUACUAUAUGAAAAAGAUAACAGGAUUAUACUCUUAUUCUUUAACAAGUCAAACAAAAGUGUUCUUUGAUAGUUAAUAGAACUCAGCUUAUGUUACCGGAACCAGAAUGGAUUAAACUACUGAAUAAUGGACUAAUUUCAUAUUGAGAAUAGAUUUAUCAAACAUAAAUAUGGCCGUACAAAGAUAUUGGUCAUAUCUUUAAUAUUCUGGGGCUGUAUAAUAGAAUGAUCAAAUAUUUCACAUUGAUUUUUCAAAAGUUAAUGACUUUAUGUACUCAUUAAGCAUAGUCACACUUUCAAGCUAAAAUAUUAUAUAAUUAACUCAAUAUAAAAGAACAAAUGGUUAAUAUAUAAGGUCAAGACAUCAACAGUAUGAUAGCAGUUUGAAAAAACUUCAUGUUGAUUCAAAUGGUUAAUUAUAUCAAACCAUGGGAUUUGUAGACGGCUCAAACACUUAUUUUAAAAGGACACUUUUACAGUAUGAUUAAAAUUUAGGACUAGUUUAAGGGAUGGAUUUGAAGAUAUUACUUUCUUAUAAACAAGGAAUUUAUGAAUCAGACCUGACUAGUGAUUCUACCUUCCUAUAUGAAUUCUUUCAUUUCUAAGGAAAAUAUUUCUUCAUCACUAAGGUAUUGAAAGCUAAUUUAUCCACCAUAAAAUUUCAAAUGUCCUUAAACUCAGAUACUACAGCUUCUACUUUUGCAAAAAUUUAUUUAUGGUCAGAUAAACUAUUCAUUUUCUUCUAAUCAAAUAAUUUCUAAUUUAACCUAUUAGAUCAGGAUUUUACUCAUGAUAUAUCUUGUAUAUAAUACAUUGACUAAGCAAUAGACUAACAAUCAUAUUCAACUUAACUCAACGAUUUAUCCUCUGGCAUUGCUCAAAAUUUUUUCUAAGGAGAUUUCAGGUUGAUGGGAUUGACAAGAACCUAUAUGGAGAAAAUAAUUGGAAUUUUUACUUAUAUCAAAUUUUAUUAGGCUAAUCUACAAGGUUGUCCAAAUAUACCUAAUACUUUCAAUCCACCAAGAACAACUUAAUGGGUAAUACCAACAAGUUUACCCUAUACUAUCGCUUUACCACUGAAAGCUCUUGAGAAUUGUGUGGGAGCUAAAAUUUCUGGUAAAAAUAAUUUGGAUGACUUUACAAUUUCACCAACAGGUUUGAAAAGAUUUUUAGGAGGAUAAUUUGAGUUUAAAAUUCAGUAUACUUACGACUAUGGUACAUAUCUAUUCUACGAAUUUUAUAAUGGAACUGAUUUUUUCAUCAGCGAAUCAAGAACUAUAGUUGAGAUAUAUCCUUCAUAAGAGUAUGGAGUAUCUUUAGUAAGAUAAACAUGCCCAACUUCUGUUUAUCCAGCAAUUUAUGGACUCAAUAAUUAUCUCGCACUGCAUAUGGACUAUGAUUCAACUUAAGAUAAUCUUCUAAUCUGUGGUUAAACAUCAUCUAUUUUUACUAUAUUAUCAUAAACUGGUGGAUUUUUAUCCCUCUACUCCACAUCUUUUCAAUUGAUAUACCAUCUUUACAUAUAACUUAGUAUCAAUUCUAAUGUUCAAACAAAAUACUGCGCCUUUGGAAAUGACAACAAUAUAUACUCAGUCGUUUAUAAACAAAAAUCCACGCUUACAGUUGGUGACAACGAAUAUAAAACUUUUCUUUUUAAGCAUACUUCAAAGGGCAAAUUUCUUGCUGGCAAGUAAUUCAUGCUCUAAGAUUAUUUGAUGCACACAACUGAAAUACAUUAAUUAGAUACUUCAACGAGUGAUAUAUAUCUUAUGGGCAAAAUAAUUAAGCAGGUUUCAGCAUCAAUACAAUCUAGUAGUGGGUACCUUUUUCAUGCUCUUGCUAUAGAUAGUUCAAAUCAAUAGGCAUACAUCACUAUUUCAGGCUAAAGAGUUACACCUUAUCCUUAUUUAAUAUCAUUUUCAAAGAUAAGUUUUCUUGAUGGAGCUAAGUAAUGGUCUAAAUAUUUUAAGCAUACUCAAUCUUCUUGGGAAAUCUAAAGGCGUUCAACAGAUAAAUCGUAUUAAAAGUUUAGUUUAGCUUUGAUAUAAGACAGAUUAUAUUCAUGUAUAGUUGUUUAAUCUAGUAGCACCUAGGAAAUAUUCCUAGGUAAACAUUAUCCUUCUGAUGGUACAAUUGAUAGUAAAACUGAGUUACAAUUAGUGGGAUUAACUAAUAAUGCUUGUAAUUUGCAUUAUCAUGAAUCUUCUGAUACCAUACUUAUGGCAUACGGAAAAUUAGGAACAAUAUUCUCAAAUACAACUGCUGAUUACGAUUAUGCUAUAUUUUCAAGUACUUCAAGCAUAGCUUAUAUGCUUAUUGUAUCACCAACAAAUUAAGUUAUUUCAAGAAUGAGUGAUUUUUCUAAUUUUGUCUUGCAAGAAACUUGCCAAGUAAGUUCAGUAUCAACUUCAUGGUAAUCUGCACAUUUAAUGCCUAAUGGUUACAGAGAUAGUAUGAGUCAAUAUUACAUUAAUAAUCCAGAUUUCAUCUCAUCAUUAGAACAGGUGUAAGAUUGGUCAUAAUACUUUACUGAUCCAACUAAAUUCAGAAUAUAUACUAACCUAACUUUUGGAAAUGUCCAGCCCAGAAUAUUGAUUGGAAAUUGUUAUUCAGCUGCAGCUCCUGUAAUUCCAAUAAUACCAAGUAGAACUGGUCAAAGAGUAAGUGAUUCACUAGGAGGAUUCGUUGUUGGUAUAAAUGCAUCAAUUACCGUAGGAAUAAUCACUUAAUGCUCAAAUAUGAAACUUAACAUUACCUUUAUCUCCACACCAACUGCAGGCUCUUGGUGCUUUAAUUACAAUUCAACUAGUUCUAUAAUAACUGUAAUACCUACAAAUAAUUCUUGUGCUGGUAGUUUUAAUCUUUAAAUCAAAGCGAUUGUUAUUGAAUAAACUUCAGUUUCGACACUUUCUAAUGUGUUUUAAUUUGAUGUCGAAAGAAACUAUCCUCCAACUAUUAUAAUGAAUUUUACUACGACAGUAACAAUGUUUGCUCAUCAUAACUAUACUUGGAAUGUGUUUGUAGAUGAAGAUAAAGAAGGUGAUGAACCAGUAGCAACAGUUAGUAUUUUAGACACAAAUUUAAAUCCAGUUACAUUUGCCAAGCAAUGGUUUACCUUUACCAAAAUUGGCAAAAAACAGAUUAAAGUUAAUGCUAUUGAUGCUCCACAGCCUCCAAAUGGAUUGAAUUCUAUUACUUAUAAGAUCAAACUAUCUGUAUCUGAUUCAUUUAAUUUAAACAAUCCUAAUGUCUACUAUAUAGACUUAACUAUAAUUAGAAAUUAUCCCCCAGUAUAAAUUACGCCUAUUCAGUUAAUCAUUCCAGCAAUUAAAGUUCCUAAAUCAUUUGCUCAUACUUUUUGGUAUGAUAACUUUUAAGAUUAAGAAGGAGAUUUAUUUAAUAUUUCAUGUGUUGCAAGUACUACCAAUGCAUUAAAUGCUAACUGGAUUAAAAUUGAUUAUAAUAAAACGGUUUUAGAAUUUACGCUCAUUGUCCUUAAAAAAGACCCUGUGUAAAUUUUGAAUCCUUAAAUUGAUUAAAAAUAUUUAAUUCCUGAAUCCGGUGUGAUAAUAUACAAUCUCUACGAUGAUUCUGGAGUUGUCAUUUAAUCAACUAUGUAUGUGAAUGGUACAAUUUAUAAUCCAGUCCUUCUAGCUGGUUGGAUUGAUUGGUAUCCUUUAGUGCCAAAAAUAAUAGUAUCACCAACUAUUAAUUCUCAGCAAGAAAUUUAGGAGAACUUGCCUCCUUAUGCGAUUAAACAACUUAAAAACAUGAAUAAGAUAGCAAAUAACAGAUUUCAAAUAGACUUUAAUUUAAAUGAGUUGUUCACAGAUCCGGAAAAUCUUUAGAUGACUGGAAAUUUAGCAACUGCAGGUGGAGGAAAUUUACCAUAUUUUUUUACAUCUAAAUUCAGUAAUGGAACUGUAAUAGGAUUUACAACAAGUGAUGAUGUUGGGAUUUAUGCAUUAGAAUGUGUUGUAUUUGAUAACGCUAAGCAAUCUGCCAGGAUACCCUUUUUCUUUUAAGUUAUAGAAUGCCAAGAAAAUUACUUCUUUUCUAAUAACGAAUGCUUAGAAUAAUGCACAUCAGGUUCAUAUGGAGAUGUACCUUCAAGAACUUGCAUAAAAUGCCCAAUUUAAUGCAGAUCCUGCUUCGGAUCUGAUCCUUCCUAACAAUGUUCCGAGUGCAACAAUGGAUUUUUCAAACUAAAUGAUGGGUGUUUUGAAAAAUGUCCAGACGGAUACUUUGGAGAUAAAACUGACAGAAAAUGUAAAAGUAAGCAAAAGAUUGUGUAUGUAACUAAUAUAGAGUGCCAUAAAGCUUGCUCAACUUGUUAUGGAUCAUUAUCUACUUAAUGCUUUACUUGCAAUGAGCUAAUAUAAAUGAAUGAGUUUGACUAAUUGGCAAGACAAGGAUAUGUUUUAUAAUCAGGUAGUGAAUGCAAGAUUCCCCAGUGUUUAUUAGGCUAGUACUUUUAUUGGUAUCCAGAAAUGGUUGGAAAUCAGUAUAUUGGAUACUGUAAAAAUUGCCAUGAAACUUGUUUAACAUGUAUUGGAGAGAGUUCAAAUGAAUGCAUCCUUUGUCAGCCAGCUCAUUUUUACAAUAGUUAAUCCCAUACUUGCACAAAAUGUGAGGACGUUGCUGGAAUGUAUACAAAUGAAGAAAAUGAAUGCGAGGAAAUAUGCGGAGAUGGAAUUAUACUUAAUAAACAAUGUGAUGAUGGCAAUACAAUAACAGGAGAUGGAUGCAGUAAUGAAUGUUUAAUGGAAUAUGGAUUUGAGUGCCUUACUGCAAACUCAAUAUGCAGAGAAACAAUACCUCCCACUAUGAAAGUGGUGAUGGUAAGUUCAACAAACUUAGUCUACUUAGAAUUUUCAGAGUAUGUGUUUAUUGAAGAAGAAAAAGAUCUUGCAAAAGACAAUUUUCAAAUUUAGUUGAAUUCAGUUGAUGGAGGUAUUUCUACUAACUUUGAUUACAGAAUUGUUGAGGAUCCAGAUCAAUCGUUAAUUCCAAAUAGAAAAAUCAAUAAAUUGAUGAUAAAAUUAUAAGAAAUAAAAUAGUCAAUCUUAGGUUCAGAAAGCUUAUUGAUUUCAAUAAAAGAUAUAAGUAAAAUAAAGGAUGGAAGUGGUAAUUAACUUUUAGACAUUGAGCAAGUAACUAAUCCUGCACCUUAUACUUACUUAUCAGCUACAGAAAGAAUGGUAUCAAAUAGUGGUGGAUAAACUAUUAAAUAUACGUUUUUAUCAGUUUGCAGUUUCAAUCUCAUAUUAAAGGUAAUUAUGAAUAGUACAAUGCAAUUUAUAUGGGGUCUCGUUCAUUCACUUUAAGUCUUUACGCUUUUGCUUUAUAUCAAUAUUGAAUUCCCUGAAAAUGUGAUUAUAUUUUCUAAUUAUAUGUAAGUUGCUUCGGGAGAUGUUGAUGAAUUUAAAGGAUUUAUCCCUAAUAUCUCAGAAUAUUUAAUUGACAAGGAUUAGAUAUAUGAAAAAGAUGAUGAUAGGCUUUUGUAUUAUAAAUUUAAAGAAGAUAAAAUAUCACCUUAUUUUAUAAUAGCUUAUGGUUAAAAGCUAACAUUAUGGGCAAUCGGAUUGCUUGCUAUUCUGCCUGGAGCCUUGCUUUUGAAUAAACUUUGUAAAAAUAUAAAAAUAUGGGAGGAAAUGGUUAGCUAAUUGUUUUUCAAUGGCCCACUAAGAGCAUUUAUAGAAAUGUAUCUAGAAUUAAUCGUAUAAAUUGUUUUGAACAGUAAAUUUCUUAAAGUGAGGAAUAUAAGCAUGAUAUUAACUUCUGGAUUAGCUUUUGUAGUCGGAUCAUUUGCUUUAGUGCUUCCCUUUUUACUUAUGACCAUUGUCUAUCAUAAUAGAAGAGUGGUAAAUAAAGAAACUUGGCUAAACAAAUUUGGAAUGUUAACAUAUGAAGUAAAUAAUAAGGAAGUUCUCCAAAUGUACUAUUAUCCUUUAUUCAUCUAUUAAAGACUUAUAAUAGCAGUUGUAAUAGUUUAUGGAACUUAAUACACAAUUCUAUAAUGUCUUAUUGUAAUUUUUUGCAACCUAGCUAUGAUAAUAUAUCUGGUAAGCCAAAGACCAUUUAAGGAAGAGAGCCAGUAAACAACGAUAGUUUUGGAUGAAAUUGCUGUUACUAUAUGUGUGAUAAUCUUUAUGGUAAUUGAAAUAAAGUAAAUCAAAGGUGAUUAAUUAAAGAACAUUGGAUUUGUCAUAUUACUGUUUAUUGUAAUAAGUGUAUCUAAGAAUUUUGCAAUGGUGAUUUAUUUCGGGAUGUAGUAAGCUCAGGUUAAAAUCAAAUAGAUGCUGCACGCGGAAGAUUAACAAAUUGAUUCAAUUGACUCAUCUUUAGAUAGCAGCGAUGAAGAAGAUCAUGAUAAAAUAAGAGACAGCGAGCAAAUAAGUACUACAAUGAUGAUGUAGGAAAUCCUAAAAGAUGAUUAAGCUAAAUAUCAUUAUCAAUAAUAAAUAACUUCAUAAAAGGCAACAACUUUACGUAGAAAAAGAUUUAAUUUAAGCGAGAUUAUUACUGACAGAGCAUUAAUGAAUUUAGAUUAACCUUAAAGGAUUGAUUUUAAUAAGUGA